AUGGACUUGGAGACUGACGAGGCAGCAGCAGUACGCCACCGUCCUCAGUGCAGGCCAGAGCUUCGGGCUCAGAGGGAGAAAAUAAAGAAGGGGAGGAAGUGCCCAGUUAACGGCUGCAAAGAACGCCUCACAGCGAUCUCGUCCAUCCAUUGCCCACACUGUCAAGCGGAUAUUUGCAUUAAACACCGGUUAAAAGAAGACCACAACUGUGAAUUGCUUAAAGCUACGAGGAAGGAGCGGAAAAGAAGCUCCCUCUUCAGGCAAAUAUCAAGCGCCUCCAGAGGAGUGAAAUCCAAGGGGAAUUCAUACCCCAGUAACACAGGAAAAGAGGAGCAGCAUGUGCUCGAUCAUGUGACAGAUCUUACCGUUUACGGCAUCGCCCCUCAAUGUCCCAUCAUCAAUCAGUUUCCUGCCAGCGGGGGACCCAUUUGCAAUCCCGGAAGCAGCAUCUCUAGAACAACUCUCCUGUACUAA